AUGUUGGUGCUGUUGAUGCUUUUGUCGGCGGCGGCCAUCAGCGCUGAGUGUCCACGCCAUUGCGAGUGCAAAUGGCGUAGCGGAAAGGAAUCGGCCCUCUGCGCCCGCGCGGGCCUUACAGCCGUACCUCCUCGUCUUGAUCCCACGACACAACUGCUAGAUCUCUCUGAGAACCGCCUGCCCAAUAUCAGAGACGAUGCCUUUGCAGCGGCUGGUCUGUUGAAUCUGCAGCGCUUAUAUUUACCAGCCUGCAAUAUACGAACGAUUCGACAGUUCGCGUUCCGUGCUCUUGUGAACUUAGUAGAACUUGACCUUUCUCGUAACCGUUUAGAAAAUCUACCUUCACAUACUUUCGCCUCGAUACCCGAGCUUCGGGAAUUAAGACUGAAUGGGAAUCCAAUUACAAAAAUUAAGGACGACGCAUUUACAGCUCUCCCACACCUUGUGAGGUUGACGCUCAGUGCGUGUAAAAUAUCGGAAAUAGAGCCACGUGGUUUUAUUGGAUUAGAGGCAUCCUUAGAGUAUCUAGAACUAAGUAAAAAUAAGUUGCAAAACCUUCAUGUCGCUGUUUUGGCACCGUUACGAUCUCUAAAAGGCUUAGAACUUGCCAGCAAUCCUUGGGAAUGUUCAUGCGCCUUGAGACCGAUGCGUGAUUGGAUGAUACGACGUAAUGUACCUGCAACAGUAGUGCCAGAAUGCGCGCUACCACCUCGUUUAAUGUCCCAACCUUGGGAUCGGCUAGACCUAGAAGAUUUUGCUUGCGUUCCUGAAGUAAAAGGGACAUCAACUACUUUCAAAGGUAUUGAAGGUGAAGAUGUUACAUUGAUAUGUCAAGUGACAGGAAUACCAGCACUAAGAGUGCGUUGGAUCCGAGGUGGACGUGUACUUGCCAAUACAACAAAUGUCAACUCUGGAAGGAGCUUCAUUCUACGUAGUGAAGAAAAUGGUAAUCGAAAAAGGGGAGAUUAUAGGAAUGUCCCUUCUCAUGAUCCCGAAGAAGAUAUUGACAACUACGGACAAGGAUUACGGGAAGAUCGCGACACAGUUACGUCACCUUCGGAGUCUAACUGGCGUCGGUCCCAGUUUGAACCACUGAGGAGAACAAAUGGGGAUGCCGAACAAGAUUUGCAUAUUCCACGGAUGAGCAGUUACAACAUAAGAACCGAUGGCACCGAUUCGAUGCCAAGCUCCAACUCGACGGGGGUGCUAAGCGGUCACGUACAGAUUUUAUCCGAAAGCAACCGUUUCAACAACAACUCUCGCCCUUGUCCUCGGCCACGGACUCGCGAUCGUUUAGAUAAUGACCUUUCUGGAAGUGACAGUGAGAAAAAUUAUCCAGAUCUCAUAGAAAUGAGCGCUCUAAGCACAACAAGCUAUUUACGCAAUGAAAUAAAACACGACCCUUAUUACUUUUACACGAUUCCGCGGAGGAAAGAAGGAGAUAGCCGCAGUCCGCUUUUGAGUAGUCGGAGGAAUAGUUCCGAGGGUGAUUCUAUAAAUUUUAACGAUAGAAACUACGACAAAUCUCGUCAAAGGGCAGCGGGACGUCGUUCUAGUAGUUUUUUAGAUCUUUCGGCCGGCGGUAAUCGCUUCCGUCGUAAUCCUAGCCUGCCGGCGUCACCGUCGAGAGAACAAUCAACCCUUCCGUCCGCCACUCCGCUGUUAGAUCUAUCGGGUUUACGAGAUUACUCACGUGCCGGCCAACGUUUAGAGGAAUUCGAUUUCCGCGCGUCACAGCUCGAAAAGUUCCUUGAGGAAUAUCGCUGCUUGAGAGAACAACUGUCGAAAAUGAAGGAGACUAGGGAAAAUUUACAAAGGACGAGAGCGGCGGAAAGUGAAGAGAUGAGAACGGUUUUAAGGGGAAAGCCUAGUAUAGCGGUAACGGAAACCUCGUCAUCAGUGGCACUAGCUGACGCCGCGUCACCGUUGACAAUGAGUCCACCUGAAUAUAAGCCGCAGCAGCCGCGACCGGACUGGUUGACGAGCCUACUAUAUCGCAAC